AUGCGAACUCGAUCGAGCUCUUCCACAGAGGACUUGGUCGAGUUAGAUAUCAACAUUGGAAAAAAAAAACAGAGAAAGAAGAACCAAAGACAUCAGGCCGAGCAAGAGGUGACAGUUACUGAUAGAACGGAUGUGCCACAGGGUAAUGGAAUCCCUCCUAACAAUAGGAAUGGUCAAGCUAGCUGCGCCUCUUUCCACUAUCUCUUGGUGAGAAGGCCCAUCAAUGGAAGAAGAGUUUACCCCACUACUUGGGAUGAUUGCAAGAAGGCAUUUCUUGCCAAGUUCUUCUCUACUGAUCGCACUGCUAAGAUGAGGAGUUAG